UUUUAUUAUGAAUGAUUGUGUGAUAUUAAUCAAGAAUACGUUGUUUCAGCACUCCGGUGUAUUUGUCUGUUUUGCUUUAACGUUUUAUUUUUCCCAUCGUAAAGCUUGGCUUUUUUUUCGGUUCUCGUCGAGAGUAGCUUUAAGUGCCACUGGGAACUUGCCACCUUUAUAUAAUAAAGCACAGUUGCGUCAUGGGGUUAGAGCCUGGACAUGAAUACAACGGAUUGUCAUUUGAACAGGCGCUGAUUAGAGAAAAAAACAUUGAGGACAUUUUGCAAAGGAAAGCAGAGUGUCUCUUUUAACAUUAUUUAACAUGGCAUUCAGUGCAACCCAGAAGAUCAGGAGAUGGAGGAUGGAGCGUGAAAACAAACCAUAUCUGUCUUGUCCUGGUUUCACCACCGAGUGCUGAUUGCCUCGGCGAUAACCCGAGAGUGGGACCCGGUUGUCGUGUUUCUUGGGAGAUUCGAUACCAUUCUGCUGGCGAGGGCUGCUGCGGACAAACGCACCGUAUUUUCCCAGUGUGCUUAACUUCUCACAUGUAUCCUCAUUCACGAAGCACUUGUUCCUUACAAUUCAUGAAGUGGUCUUCCCGGGGGGAGGGGGCAUCAACAAUCAGAGGGGAACAAUAAAGACCCCCCGAUGCCAAAUCGGAAACUCCUCCAGCAGCGGCUAAGCCGCUUUAUUUAUCUUAAAUUUCCCUGCAUUGUGUCGAGCUCGAGGUCACAACGUGUUGCCUGUUUAUUUUUUCUGUUUCUUCGGCUGCUUUCGAGCUCUGCGUCUGUAUUUGUGAACGUUAAAAGUGCCAUGUUUUCUAUUCAAUCUCCCCCCCAAACCCCAAACCCCAAUCUGGGGGACAGCGUCUACACGCGAAGGUAUUGCUGCUGAAGCAUUUGAUGACGAUUAGCUGCCCUCGGGCGCAGAUUGCACAGGUUAUUCCUCCUCCCCCACCUUCUGUGUAAACAUGCAGUAACAGGAAGGAUGUUUAUGGAAUGCAGUUAGUGUCUGCAGGCGUGUGGAUAGGCUCUUGGCAUGAGCGAAUGAUUGGCUCUGCUUUCUCUCUUUCUCUCUCACACUCACACACACAAACCGAGAGGCUUGCCUUUUCAUUUAUUUCGUAAGAGCUGGUGCGGGAGGGAGAAAAGGACUGAUGUUCACCGCGAUAGACGGUCUAGCAUAACUGAUCGUCAAGAAAACUUGCAGCAUCUUAGUGACCAAUCGUGCGAGCCCGCCCUGAUAGCCAGCAAUGAAGACGGCGGGAAAGGGCUAAUUAGCAGCUGUGCAGUGUCAAUCGGUUCUCGCUGGUCUUCUGGUCCGGAUGCAGCUGUCUACAGAGGAAAGUUUUGCAGCACCGCUUAUGAUGUCAAACUAUAAGCGUGCAACUUUUGAAGAUGAUGAUCCUACAGAAUUAGCAACAGAUGGCAAUGCCUCACCAGAAAGUGUGGAGGUUGGUUUCAGAAAAGGUAAAUCGCUUUCUUUGGGAUCAAUUGGAACAAUAACACAGUUGGAACUGACCUUGUUAGCAGUCCUCUUGGUUGUAGUCAUGGCCCUGAUUGGUUGUGUUAUUACUCUGGUAAUAAAAAAUUCCCAAGAUCCGUCACAUAAAAUUUGUCUGACCGAAACUUGUAUCAUGGUCGCUGCGAAAAUAACAGAAUCCCUAGACCGUUCAGUGGACCCCUGCAAUGACUUUUAUCAAUAUGCCUGCGGGGGAUGGAUAAAGAAAAAUCCAUUGCCAGAUGGAAGGUCACGUUGGAAUACCUUUAAUAGUUUAUGGGACCAGAACCAGGCAGUUAUGAAACAUCUUUUGGAAAACUCCACCUUUAAUUCUAGCAGUGAGGCAGAGCGGAAAGCUCAACAUUAUUAUCUUUCCUGCUUGAAUGAGCAAAGAAUUGAAGAACUUGGUGCACAGCCUUUGAUUGAUCUCAUUAAUAAGACAGGCGGCUGGAAUAUCACAGGUCCCUGGGAUAAAGACAACUUCAUGGAAGUGCUAAAAGCAGUUUCUGGGACUUACAGAGCAGUUCCUUUUUUCACCGUCUAUGUUAGUGCAGAUUCCAAAAGUUCCAACAGCAAUGUCAUUCAGGUUGAUCAGUCAGGCGUGUUUCUUCCAUCUCGUGAUUACUACCUAAACAAAACAGCAAAUGAAAAGGUACUGAACGCAUAUCUGGACUAUAUGGUUGAACUGGGUAUACUUCUGGGCGGAGAGCGUAAUUCAACAUACAUUCAGAUGCAGCAAAUUUUGGAAUUUGAAACUAUCCUUGCAAAUAUCACAGUUCCCCAGGAUGAACGUAGGGACGAAGAGAAAAUAUACCACAAAAUGACCAUUUCAGAUUUACAGAAUUUAGCACCUGCCAUUGACUGGUUGGAUUAUUUAUCAUUUGGACUGGCACCAGUGGACCUGAAUGAAACAGAAUCAGUAGUUGUCUAUGCCAAGGAAUAUCUGCAGAUGGUGUCUGACCUUAUUAAUAAUACUGACAAGAGCAUUUUGAACAAUUAUAUGAUAUGGAAUUUAGUACUGAAGACCGCAUCCAACCUGGAUCAACGGUUUGAAAAUGCACAGGAAAAGCUUCUGGAAACUCUCUAUGGUACAAAGAAGUCGUGUACUCCUCGAUGGCAGACUUGCAUUGGUAAUACAGAUGACACUCUAGGAUUUGCCUUGGGAGCAUUAUUUGUAAAAGUUACAUUUGAUAAAGACAGCAAAAUUGUAGCAGAAGAAAUGAUUAAUGAAAUUCGAACAGCAUUUAAAGAUGGUUUGGAUGAGCUUGCUUGGAUGGAUGAUAAAACCCGACAAGCAGCUAAGGAAAAGGCUGAUGCCAUUUAUGACAUGAUUGGUUUUCCAGAUUUCAUUUUAGAUACAAAAGAGCUGGAUGAAGUUUAUGAUGGUUAUGAAGUAUCAGAGGAUUCAUUCUUUCAAAAUAUGUUGAAUUUCUACAAUUUUUCAGCCAAGGUUAUGGCAGACCAGCUUCGGAAAGCACCCAACCGUGACCAGUGGAGUAUGACACCUCCUACAAUAAAUGCCUAUUACCUGCCAACAAAGAAUGAGAUAGUCUUUCCUGCUGGUAUUUUGCAAGCACCAUUCUAUGCCAGAAACAAUCCAAAAUCUCUGAACUUUGGAGGCAUUGGAGUAGUAAUGGGUCAUGAAUUAACACAUGCCUUUGAUGACCAAGGCAGAGAAUAUGAUAAAGAUGGUAAUUUACAACCAUGGUGGCAAAAUUGUUCAGUUGAAACUUUCAAAAAUAAAACUGAGUGUAUGGUUAAUCAAUACAACCAGUAUACGGUAAAUGGAGAACAUAUCAAUGGAAAACAAACAUUGGGCGAAAACAUUGCAGAUAAUGGUGGCCUCAAAGCAGCAUAUCAUGCGUACAAAACAUGGGUGAAACAGAAUGGAGAAGAAAAGUUAUUGCCUGCGGUUGACUUGACCAAUCAUCAGCUCUUUUUUGUAGGAUUUGCACAAGUGUGGUGCUCUGUGCGUACACCAGAGAGUGCACAUGAAGGUCUUAUUACAGAUCCACAUAGUCCAGCCAAAUUUCGAGUUAUUGGAACAUUAUCAAAUUCCAAAGACUUUGCUGAACAUUUCAAUUGUCCAACAGGGACCCCGAUGAAUCCUGGAAAACAAUGUGAAGUGUGGUAGUAAUAGAUGUCUUAACAAGGGACCCUUACACUGGAUAGUUUUUACAGGAAGUUGGAAAGCUUUGAAACACUGACCUAAGAGGGAAUCAAGAAUAAAAGAAAAUGUACAUUAUAUCACGCACUUUUUGUACCACAAAUGUUAAUGAUUAUUAAACGUUAAAAAUGCAUAGUAAA